AUUUCCGCCAUUCAAUCGUUUAGUGCGGUUGGAUUGGUUUGUAGUCUGAGUGAAGGAUCAAAAGAUUCGAAGGAUUGGUGUUUCAGUGAUCUUUUUUGUGACUGAAGGCAGGAUAAUGAGUGAGGUGCCAUGUAUAAGUUACAUGGCACUAUACAUCCUUUCAUUUCACAUACUUCAAAGCAAUUCAAGAACCUCAACUUUAUGGAAACUGAACAUCGAAGAAGACAAAAUCGUGGAAGCCAGUCACUUUCCCAGGAUUGUCACCUUGGCAGGGAUGUCUAAUGAGCAUGUUACAGAUGGUGAUCAAAUAUUUAAUAUUAUAACAUCAACGAUACAUUAUGGAAAAACUUGGACAAAACAAAGCUUGGAAUACUACUGUACAGACUGCCAAGCCAUAAACUACGGCAUAAAUGAUAAGUUUGGAAGCAAACCUUUAGAACGGGUGAACAACAAAACUAGUGUAUUUCAAAGUGGAUGGAAUUCGAAAACCAGUGCUUCUGAAACCACAAAUCAAGUCGUUCGUGAAAGUGAUGAAUAUUUAGACUGUGGAAAAUCAGUAAAUUUUACAUAUUAUGAUAAUCUGGUUGGAGUAGCAAAUAGACAUAAUCAUCCACAUGUACCUGAACCUCAAGUAGCCAUGAUAUUUAAAAAGAAAGGCACAAAGAAUACAGAAUUUGACGUGAAUGCACUAGAAAGAAAAUUAAAGAAAGCAAAGAGAGAGAAACCCAAGUCAAUCCAGCUUUAUAACCAGAUAGGGAAUUUCUGGAGAAUAAAAGGUGAUGCUCAGAAAUCAAUUGAGUGUUUCAGGCGAGCACUUGCAGUUUCUCCACAUAAUGCAGAAGUUCUGCUAAAUUUGGCCAGGGUGUUAUUUAACUUACAAUACCUAGAUGAUGCCAUCUAUCUCACUAGAAGGUCUCUUGAAGUUCAGCCACCAGAUAAGAAUGCUUGGCAGCAAUAUUUUACUCUAGGAGAAAUAUUCAAGGCUUAUGGUCAUUACCAAGAGGCAUCACUUCACCUCCGGCAUGCCCUGGAACUGAAGCCAGAGUUUGAACCAGCUCUUGCAGCACUUAAAGACAUGGAAUCCUUACCAGACACAACUAUUCAUAUUUAUACUCUGCUAAUCAUCAUAUGUCUGGUACUUGGAGUGCUGUUAGUGAUCUUGUCCUCUGUGGAUGGGAAUUUGGAAUCAGACUUCUCAGAGGUGAAGACUCAGCGCCAUUUCAACCGUGCCAUGGCCAUGCGCAGUCUCAAGAUGGGCAUAUCACCUCGAGCCCUCCGAGCCAAGCGUUAUGGUGGAACAGGGGGUGGAGGUGGCAGCUGUGGGUGAAACAAACUUGUCAUAUGGUUAUUUGUAGCACCACAAGGAUUUCAAAGUUGUUUUCAGAUAUUACAGUAACAUAUGACAGUAUGUUAUUUCUACCAGUACUUGAAUGUUCACAUAGUCAAUCACAAUAUUAAAUUGUACAAAUCCAUGGGUCUAGUUCAGAUGGAUAGAUGCCAAAUUCAGUUAUUUUAUUUUUGUAUAGUGGUGUGAUGGAAAAUAUUUGCAUUUUAUUUAAUGAUAUUGAUACAUGUAAAAGAACAGAAAGGCCUUUAGUCUUACUGUAGUGUGUAUUUAAAACACAAGUUAGUAUUUGUAGGUGUAAAAAGAAACACUGGUAUACAAAUUAACAGUGUUGAUGUUGAUAUUAUGUGUUACCUCAUUUCUGAAUAGUAUUUCUAUCGGGGUUCUGUUCUCUGUAGAAAUGUCUGUGUCUGUAAUUGGAAGAUAUUACUGAUAACACUUUUAAACCUUAAUAUUCAUAUUUAUUAAAAUAACUUUUAUUUUCACUUUAUUACUUUUAUCUUAAGUAAAAUUGUAUUCACUUAACAUAUGGUCUUGAUAUGAGAAUGGUUUUUAAAUAUUUUAUGGAUAUGCAUGCAGGAAGUGUACAAACACAUACUCACAUCACAUUUCAUUUUUAAUUGAAGAUUAACACAGAACAAGGGAAAAAGAAACAAAUGGCAUUCUCUGCAUAAUUUGUGUUCAUUCACUCUGAUAUAUUCGCACAAUAAGAAGCCAAGCUCUGAGUGGUAAGAAGUGUUCUUUUUAUUUGUUUCAAACUAGCAUUUCUUGUACUCAGGAAUACAAACACAGAAGCACUGGAAUGUUUUAGGGUUAGCAAUUAAAAGUAAUUUCCUCAGGUUUGUAGGACAUUAAAGUAAACUGUAAAAAUCUAAAUUCUUCUUGGCAUGUAAAUUCUUGACUGUCAUAAUUUAAUACACCAGAUGUGGGGUGCUGCCAGUAGGGGGGAUAUUUACUCAUUGUGAUAUUUUCAAAUGUGUGUACGUAUUGUCUCAGACACAAUGGUGCAUUUCAUUUCUCUAUCUUCCAGUCUGCUUUAACACUGUAUAGCCAUAGUUUUUACAGGAAGAACAAAAAAAGUUUUCUGCAUCUUUAAGUGUCUGUGAUAAGAGUAAUGCUAUAUUUGCUCAUUUAAUUGCCACUUGCUGUUUCUGCUCUAAUAAAACUGUUGUUCUUCUAAUACCUUCAUAACCAGUGUAAAUGGUUUGGACAGUAACUUGUUCGAGCCUGAACAUUGAAAUUACAUGAUUAGCAAAAUAAGAAUUUCACUAUGUAAAGAAAUGUUUAAAGUUUUCAUUUUCAGACAUGGACUGAAUGUUCUAAUUUAUUGUAAUGAAGUCUAAUACAAUAGAUUUUACAUAUA